GGGCGCCGCGUCGCCGGCACCAUGCGCCCCCCGCCCACGCUGGCCCUGGCCGCGCUCUGCCUCCUGGCGCUGCCCGCCGUCGCCGCUGCCGCCGCCUACUUCGGCCUGACUGGGCGGGAGGUCCUGACGCCCUUCCCAGGCCUGGGCACUGAGGCAGCCCCAGCACAGAGCGGCAUCCACUUGAAGCAGUGCGACCUGCUGAAGCUGUCCCGAAGACAGAAGCAGCUCUGCCGGAGGGAGCCGGGCCUGGCUGAGACCCUGCGGGACGCGGCCCACCUUGGCCUGCUGGAAUGUCAGUUCCAGUUCCGGCAUGAGCGCUGGAACUGCAGCCUGGAGGGGAGGACCGGCCUGCUCAAGAGAGGUUUCAAGGAGACGGCCUUCCUGUACGCGGUGUCCUCGGCCGCCCUCACCCAUGCACUGGCCCGAGCGUGCAGUGCUGGGCGCAUGGAGCGCUGCACCUGUGAUGACUCCCCUGGCCUGGAGAGCCGGCAGGCCUGGCAGUGGGGUGUGUGUGGUGACAAUCUCAAGUACAGCACCAAGUUUCUGAGUAACUUCCUGGGGCCCAAGAGAGGAAGCAAGGACCUGAGGGCACGGGCUGAUGCCCACAACACCCACGUGGGCAUCAAGGCCGUGAAGAGUGGCCUCAGGACCACCUGUAAGUGCCACGGCGUGUCGGGCUCCUGUGCCGUGCGCACCUGCUGGAAGCAGCUCUCACCAUUUCGUGAGACGGGCCAGGUGCUGAAGCUGCGCUACGACUCGGCCGUCAAGGUGUCCAGCGCUACCAAUGAGGCCUUGGGCCGUCUGGAGCUGUGGGCACCUGCCAAGCCAGGCAGCCCCACCAAGGGCCUGGCACCCCGGCCCGGGGACCUGGUGUACAUGGAGGACUCCCCCAGCUUCUGCAGGCCCAGCAAGUACUCGCCGGGCACAGCGGGAAGGGUGUGCUCCCGGGAGGCCAGCUGUGGCAGCCUGUGCUGCGGGCGCGGCUAUGACACCCAGAGCCGCCUGGUGGCUUUCUCCUGCCACUGCCAGGUACAGUGGUGCUGCUAUGUGGAGUGCCAGCAGUGUGCGCAGCAGGAGCUCGUGUACACCUGUAAGCGCUAGGCGGCUGCCCCAGAGCCCGCCUGCACUGCCAGGACCUCCACGGCCCGCUUGCACAACUGCCUGCACACACCGAUACACGCACCAGUGCACACCGUGUGCGGCUCAGCGCUCCUCCCUCCACAGACCCUCGGCCUACCUCUGCCUCCCUCAACACUCAGCAAAGAGAAACAGGGCCUUGCCCCUGAACCCAAGGGUCCCUGACCUUGUUGAGGACUUGAAGCAGGAGGGCAGACUGGGAAGGGACAGGGAGGAAAACAAGGGAGAGCAAGAGGAGGGCAUGAAUAGGUUGUGCAGCGGGGAGAGGUUAUCUGGCCAUCUCAAUUCCCCGGAUGUGUGGCCUGGAGCCAGCAAGCCAUUGGGGGAACACAGGGGAGGCAGUGCCAGCUGGAAGCACAUUUAGGCUUUUGUCUGGGAUGGGCCAGUCCAGUCCCCUGGCCCUACUCAGAUUGCAGCGAGCCCUGGGUGCCCUAUGUUUGUACCGCACCAGGGGCUUUGCUGUGCUGGAGAUGGUGGUGGGAGCUACUUGCUUAGAGCAAGAAAAGCUUUCUGCUUGAGUGGACCCAAGUUGGGUACAUGCCCCAGGUUCUUCAAACAGGCCUGAAUUGAGGCUUCAUGCUUGUCUCUACAGCUGAGUUACCCACAGCCGCUCACCCUGCUCAAUUAGACCAGCAAGGCAGAUAGGAUGGGAGACAGUGGCCCCUCCUCAUUUUCCCUGAUGGUCAAAGGGACCUUUAGUUGCAGCCCAGAGGAGGGUGACAGCUUUCUGGUACCCAGUAGAAGCGCAGUGUUCCAGCCUGAUAUAGCACUCAUUCUGGCCACCUCCCCACAGCUGGGGUGCCCUGGGCUGGGAGGCCCCCACACCUGCUGACGUUGGUGAUGCAGAAGAGCUGUUGGCUCGUGAACUGGGAUUUGGGUUCCAUUUCUACUCUCGUGGCUGCUUAUCCAAUUCAGGCUUUUGCUCUGGCAGAGACUUUGCUAAGCCUGGCCCCUCACUUGGGCUUCUACCUGAGGAAUAGAAGUGACUUUGCUAACUUCCUUGGGUGCUGUGGACAUUUCCAGGGCCACCUACGAAGGCUCUGUGUGGAAGGAGAGAAACUGGCUCACGCGCACAGGCAACCCACACGCAUCUGACACUGGAACCAGGCAGGGAGUCCCGUGGAGCGGCUCACAUCUCCUCUGCUGCAGGAUGAAGACCUCACAGGGGUCAUUCUGCUGGAGGUUAUGUGCUUCACCACAGUAGGGCCUGAGGCCAGCCAGAAGGAAGUGACCUCCUUCGGGAAGCUCUGGGACACUUGGCCAGCCCCACCGCACCCCUCCUGUAAGCUUCCUUUCCUCCUGAACCCAGGGUUCCUGACCCUCUGCUGAAACAGGAAACUUCAGAAUCAGCCAAGUGCUCAGAACCCUCAUUGAUGCCAGUUCCAGGAAGAAAGCCCCAUGGCUGGGCCCAGCAGCCUCCCCGAGACCUCCAGGGGCCUGCAUGAGCCACCCUGUCUCCAGUGGCUCAGGGCAGCCUGGGGAUGCUAGAAGGAUCUUGGAUGGCAGAGGCUCCAAUAAGAAGCUGAACUGACCUGAGACUACUCACUAGAUUGACUUUGCUGACCCAAGCAGCUGGCCCACAUCUUGGCAGGAGGAGGAAAAAACCAUCAAGGGCCCACUUUCUAGUUUUUUUCUACUUCCCUGCUGAUUUGAGACUUGUUCUCUGCCCGCCCAUCUGUCUUGCUCCUCUGUGACCCCAGCUCUGCCUCCCCUGGCUCAGGCUUGGGCAUAAGGCAGCAGAGGCUGCACAGAUUGGAAGAGGGACUUGGAAACAACCUGAGGCCCAGGGCUCCCUGACCUACCACCCCCACCAUCUGCACCCCAACUCUAUGGCUGGAAGGGUUGGGGUUGCAGGAGGAUAAAGGGUAGACUCAGAGGACCUCAGCUAAGGCUGGCCACUGACCCUGGCACCUCAGGCCGUGGGUCUGGGUGCAGGUUCUGAGGGUGCCUCAGUUUAUAGGGUCCUCUCAGUGCAGCCCUCUCCUUCCCUUCUCGUUCCUUGAUCUCAGCCCUUUCUCUUUCACUUACCCUGAGAGACCCACCUCAGCCCAAUUGGGACCCCCAAGGGACCAGAGCAGCCACUGUCCCUUCCUUCACUAGCUUUAAGGGAAAAAAGCUCACAGGGUAUUAUUGUCUACCUCACAUAUAUAGUUUUUAGAGCAAACAAGAAUAAUUUAUAUAGCUAAGAUAUAUGGGAAAGUAUUUAUGUUAUUUAUAUAGUUUCUCUAUUUCAUGAGCAGCGUAUAUGGGGUUUGUGCUUCCCCUGAAAUCCUGUGUCUUGGGAGAUAUGGCUUGACCUGACUGGGUCCCCCCCCCCACUCAACUGGACACCAGGUGGCCAGGAAGUCACAUAAGCUCCUGUAUCCUAUGACCAUGAUGGUCCGUCUCGGAGCUGGUGAGCAUGUGUCCCCUCUGUGAUGAGUCCUGCUGGACUUGAUCCAGAUGCUCCUUGUGAUGUCUUUGCAGAUUCUCUGCCCCUCUGAGUCCCAAACCCCUUCUUCUGCUCGAGCAAAGGUGUUCUGUUCAUAAUAAUGACAAGAAUGAUGACACCUGGCUUUUGUGAAGCAAUUUCAAUUUUCAGAAAUACUUCUAUCUCUUUAAUCCCCCUUGAUUUCCUCAUUAUCCCUGUGAGGUCGUUGGGGGCCACAUUACUGUGCCCAUUUUCCAGAUGAGGCACAUCUUAUUUUCCAGAAAAGACUUGUUCAGUGAAUAGUUAGUGAAUGUCUACUGGACCAGGCGCUGUGGGAGCCGACCUAUCCUGAGCCUGGGAGCCAAAGCCUAGAUCCCUCCUGAGCCCAAGGACCCAGGAAGUGGCUUCUUUCCUGACCUCUUGGAUCUGGAUGUCAUGUCAGCAUUUCUUCCAAGCUGAGUCCCAAGUCUCAGAGACUGGGACUGCCUGAGAGGCCUUGAGAGACCAGGACCCCACUGAGGUCAUUCCAGGGGAACCUUCUUGCCCUGGAAGUUUGGGCUACACCACUGGGCCCCUCCUAGCCCACAGAUGUGUUUUGUUUGCUCUCAUUUGUGUUUUUCCUUUAAAAAGGAAUUGCUUUCUGGAUUUUUCUUGAAGAAUCAGUUACACUGGGAAACUAGGCCUGCUUUCCCACCUGGCCACAGUCAGCCAGCAUGAGGGAGCCCUAUUAGACAGGAUGCACGGCGGGGGGGGUCCCCAACUUGUGACACUUCCUGCCCCAGCCCUCCUCAUCAUGCGUGCUCCUGCCUGGCUCUCCUGAGUAGAGUCUGUUCCUAGUCUAGAUGAGUUCAGCAACCCUGGCAUCCACUGUCAGACGAAGGACGAGGACGCACAGACCCAUGCCAACCCUGGAGAUUAUUUCUUGCCCUCUAAAGUUUCCUUUCCCAACAACCAUGAACUUCCAAAGCUUUUUAUCUCAGCACAUUUUUAGAAUUACAAUGGGAAUUAGCAUUUAUUGAGUGCCUGAUGGAUUCAUUCAUUCAAGCAACAAUUAUUUAGGGAGCUCCUACAGAAUACCAGGUUCCACCCUAGGUGCUAGGGUGCAGCAGCGUAUAAGACCAAAUCCUAGCGUUGUGAGGCUGACAUCCUGGUGGGGAAGAAAGACA